AUGUUGCAUCGCCGUCUUUUUAUACUUGCAGAAUCUAUUGAUUUGGUCGAGUAUUACUCCACUAUGGCAGAUCAGCUUAUGACUGAUCCUUCCGAGUCAUCUGCCUAUAUCGCUAAUCCUGAUGGAACCUAUUCGGCAGUUCCCCUCACAACCACCGAGGAUGGUCAAGUUGUGUUGGCACUUAAUGAGAUGGGUAUCGGGGCUGAUGGGGAAGAUAUGGUUGUCAUCGCAGCUGAUGACAACUUGGACAUGGCCACGCUAGAAAAUCUAAUAGCUUCCGGGGCUGUGACGACUGUUACAGGAGAGAAUGGGGUCGAAUAUUUGCAACUUAAUGAUCCUAAUUUAGAGAAUGCUCAGCUUGUCGAGCUGUCGGCCGAACAUAUGCAUCUUUUGGAUCCGAACUCCAAGGCUUACUUUGCUGCAUCUGGAGUCGGAUCCGGAGGGGGUUUCGUUACGUUAGCAGGCCAACCAAGCGGAGUCACUUAUCGCUGCCCCUCUUGCCCGGCUAUGUACGCUAAUGCGAACGCAUUUACCAAGCACAUGAGAGAAAAACAUUUCGUAAAGGUCUACACUUGUCGCCAAUGCGAGGAAUUUUUUGAAACUCUGAGCCAACUGUUCCUCCAUGCGAGACGCAGCCAUGUAGAUGCAAAAAAGCCGAAACGAAAUCCGGCCAACUUCAAGUUUCAUUGUGACCAGUGCAAUUACAUGACAAACAAUGGAGGAACCAUGGAACAUCACAAAAGGGCGCAUACCGGAGAGAAACCGUACAUGUGCGAUGUUUGCAACAAACGGUUCGCACAGAAGGCCAAUAUGAAAACACACAGGAAUAGACACAUCCAUCGUGAUAAGAUUUUUCGAUGUGAUACUUGCAGCAAAGCUUUCUCUUCGUAUGACAUCUACCUUGCACACCUCCGAACCAGGGAACAUGAACUCCGUGAGCAUUUCGCUAUGAUGGCAUCUUCCCAGCUUGCUUUGGAGUGUCUUGGAUGCGCUGUCACCUUUGAUAGCAUUUACAACCUCAACAAACACACUCGAAGUUGCAGAAUUGUUCGGACUUUACAAACGAAAUUUCGAUGUCUACCGUGCAACGCGUACGUCAGUGACGUGGCUUCUCUGAAAGCGCAUGUCAAAGCCCAUGAGGGAAGUCAGAUCAUCUCGUGUCCCGUUUGUGGUGAACGUGGCUUUCCAGGAUUUAAUCAGCUAAACCAUCACAUUACCCGUGCACACGCAUUGAAGGUCAAUCGACGCCAUGUGUGCCGUUACUGCGAGUCCACAUUUGAAAUCAAGAAAGAUCUGGAUAUGCAUAUUCGUAACAUGCAUUCCGAGGAGCGUAAUGCUCGCCAAUCUCGGGGUGCAGUUGGACGUCUCAAGUGCCGUUAUAAUCAAUGCGAAUUUACAACAAACUCCAUAAUGCUGCUGGACAGGCAUCACGAUCAACAUCGGCGACGAGAGGAAGACGGUGAGGAAGUGAGCCUCAAGGUGGCACCACCCAAGUUAAUUCAGCCCCGCCGGCGACGCUAUAAGCAUACCAAACGUGCCCGAGAUUUCUACGCCUCUGAGGAUGAGGCAGAUAGUGGUACAGGCAUGGGUGAGGAUGAUGAAACUGGAGAUGACGAUGCGUACGGCAAUAUUUUGGAAGAUGAAAGUGAGUGA